UUUAUUGAGUUAUAUUAUGAUUGUGUGAUCAGAACGUUGACCCUUCUGAAAUUCCAAACAUGGACACUUUCGUGUUAAGUUUUCUACAGGUAACAUGUGCCCUCAUAUUCUUCGGGUUAACAUGUACUGAAAGUGAAUCGGCUCGUGUUCUCGGAUUGUUUCCAACUCUUGGAAAAUCCCAUUUAAUUAUACAAAUGGAAGUUAUCAGAACGCUUAUCGACAGAGGACAUAAUGUUACAGUUGUUACCACUCUUCCAGUAGUCAAUGACAGCCGCAAUUUCUAUCACAUAAAACUGCCCUAUCCUCCUAUCCUCAAUGGAUAUUCACCAACAUGAUUGAGGAGCGAAAAGGAUUAAUGGACGAAUUAAAAAAGAUGUCAGUCGUUAUGGAUGUUACAAUGAAUAUCUCAGAAGCUUCUUUAGUAGAUUUGAUAAACUCGGAUCUUUUGAACGAGGAACCUUUCGAUCUGGUGGUGCUUGGAUACUUUUUCAAUAAUUUCUUCAUGGGUAUUGCGGCACAUUUCAAGAGCCCUUUGGUGAUCAUCGAUACUCACAAGCCGAUGCUUUGGACGAAUUUAAUGAUUGGAAAUCCCAGCGGAAUAUCUUAUGUGCCCAAUGGACUUUCAGAGGAGACUCAGCCCUUAUCAUUCUUCGGAAGGGUUCGAAAUGCAUUAUUCUAUAUUUUGGAAGUUGCAUACACCACAUUUUACAUCAGAAGAAUGAAUAAUAUUUACGAAAAAUAUUUUCCCGGAGAUGAGUACCCAUCAUUGAGUGACAUGUCCAAAAACGUUUCAUUGAUAUUUCAAACCAGUCAUUUUAGUGAGGGUAUUAUUCGACCACAAGUUCCAGCUCUGAUACCAAUUGGUGGAAUUCAAGCCAAACCAAAACCAGAUCCUCUUCCUAAAGAUUUAGCUACUAUUCUGGAUAGUGCAGCAAAGCAUGGAGUUAUUUAUUUUAGCUUUGGUACCAAUGCCCAGAGUUCUGACCGAAAUUCAGAUAUUAUGAGAAAAAUAUUUAAUGUCUUCUCAGCUCUUAAGCAAAAUGUUAUAUGGAAGUGGGAAACCAAUGAGCACCCCGGGAACGCUUCUAAUAUAUUUUACGGCAAAUGGCUUCCACAAGAUGAUAUCCUUGCCCACCCCAAUCUUCGACUGUUUGUCUCACACUGUGGACUUGGGAGUGUUGUCGAAAGCAAAUACCACGGAGUCCCAGUUCUCGCCAUUCCACUUUUUGCAGAUCAAUUUGGAAGCGCCAAAACCAUGGUGGAUGCUGGAUUCGCAGUACAAGUAAAUUAUCAAGAAUUGACAGAGGAAUCGUUUGGAGAAGCAUUGAAGGAGAUUCUGGAAAAUCCAUCCUAUCGAGAAAGGAUUCAAAAGUUUUCAAGACUGUACCGGGACCGACCUAUGUCGCCUCGCGACACUACUGUCUAUUGGUUGGAAUAUGUUAUUAGGCAUCGAGGAGCCAAACAUAUUCAAAGUCCUGUCGUUUAUAUGAGUGCCUUUGAAUAUUAUGGGUUGGAUGUGAUUGGAUUUUCGCUAGUUAUUAUUUAUAUUGUAAUUAAAAUUUUAUCAAUUUGUUUUUGCACCGUACUUUGUACAUGCAGGAAAAGCAAAGGCGGAAAAACAGAUAAAAAGAAGAAAGAUUAUCAUAAACUUUUCAUUUACUCUCAUCUAUUACCCGGCAUUUAUUGUUUAUAUAUUUACAUUGGUUAUCUGUUUAUUUAG